AUGGUCGACUUCUAUCCACAUAGCAUGUCUCACGACUUCCAACUCUACUCCAACAACCAGGAGCAACAGCUCGACUUCGUCCCAUCGAGCCAACCCUACCUGGCCACCAGCUACGAAUUGGACCCCACAUUCACUGCCGCCUCCUAUGCCUCCGUCCCCAUGCCAGCCUACUCGGAAGCACCACGCCAGGACCUCGUCUUCCACUACGAUGGCAUUGCACAGGGCGUCAAGCCCGCCUUCCAGUACAGUCCUCAUGAUUCGCCCAACUCCGUCUCCCACACCUUUGAGCAGCCACCCAUCCUCUCGGCUUCGUCCGAGUCCGGAGCCUCAGUGUCGUCUUCAACCAUGGGAUCCCCCUCGCUAAACCCACAGUUCAACGAGCCAUGGAAUCCCAUGAACAGCGGACUUGGGCUUCCCAUUGUCCACAACUCCUCUGGCUUCGAAUAUGACGGCAUCGUCGUGGCCGACAAAGGCGCUGCAGACCCAAACUUGAUCCAGCCAUUCGCCAUGCAGUUCCCUCAGUCCCCCUACCAGGAACUGCGAGCUACACCCUCUCCCUACUUCCCAGUCUUGGAGCACCCGCCAUCACCGGCGCCAUCCCACACCUCCACCAGGAGCCAGCGCCCCGGGUCCAGGCAGUUUAAGAAGGGAAGCCAGUCGCCGUAUCUCCACACCCAGCAAUACGCUCCCUAUCCCACAUUCAACACCCAGAGGCGGCGAUCGGAUGCUUCUCUCCACUCCCACCACUCCGCCACCAGCCGCAAGAGCGGAAGCAGCUUCGAGCUCGACGACGAGACCAAGGAGAAGGGCCUCUGCCCCCUCCCAGAGUGCGGACGCGUCUUCAAGGACUUGAAGGCGCACAUGUUGACCCACCAGACCGAGCGCCCUGAGAAGUGCCCGAUCACCACCUGCGAAUACCACGUCAAGGGCUUCGCAAGGAAGUACGACAAGAACAGGCACACUCUCACCCACUACAAGGGCACCAUGGUCUGCGGCUUCUGCCCCGGCUCCGGCUCGGCGGCUGAGAAGUCGUUCAACCGGGCCGACGUCUUCAAGCGCCAUCUCACCUCCGUCCACGGCGUCGAGCAGAAUCCCCCCAACAGCCGCAAGAAGUCGCCAACCGGACGCAAGGCCUUCGCUGGCCAGCACAACCUCGCCGGCACCUGCUCCACCUGCUCCAUCACCUUCGCCAACGCCCAAGAGUUCUACGAGCACUUGGACGACUGCGUCCUCCGCGUCGUGCAGCAGGCCGACCCCUGCGAGGCCAUCAACCAACGACACCUGACCAUGGUCGCCGAGGACAAGGAUGUCACCGAGACCCUUGAUAGGAAUGGCUUGUCAAAGGAGGUCGAGUAUGCCGUCCCCAGUUUUGAUGACGACGAUGAGGAAGACGAAGACGACGAGGUUGACGUUGAUGACCAGAACGAUGACACGUACGGCGCUCGCCGCUCGCGCUCCGGCAAAGGGUCGAUCAAGACCUCGAAAGGGGAUUGA